AUGCCUGUAUGUGGACCGGACGGUCGAACACUACAGAAAGGUGCAACGGUAACAAAUUCAUCACCACGGAAUAGUACCAUUAAUGAAAUUAGUCAAUUGGAUAAGCGUUUCGGACGAAGUUGUGAUUUUCUGAUAAAACCACACACCGAUGAAAUGCGUUUAUUCAACAAUCCUAUUGCUCAGGUCAGUUCAGAUAUUUUACGCAUCAGCGGGUAUACAAAUCAAUUUAAAUCAUUACUAACAUCAAGGUCAGCAUUGCGGCGAGAAUCCGGACCUGGCGCACUUCUACAGGAACUGGAUGAAGAUAAAGGUUAA